AUGGUUGUGCAAAUGUCAGACUCGCUGCCAUAUUUUUUUUCUCUCUUCUCGCACGCGCGCGCGCACGCGACACCUCUCUCUCUCUCUCUCUCUCUCUCUCUCUCUCUCUCUCUCUCUCUCUCUCUCUCUCUCUCUCUCUCUCUCUCUUCCCUUUUUCAUGCGCACCCGCAUUUGCGCAGGCACUGGCUGACUGUCAGCAGCUCUGCCUUGGCCACGCAUCAGCUCUAUCGAGCCAGCCCCUCGGAUGAAGCUAGCGCCGCCCAGCUCACGACCCAGCUGGAAAACCUCCUUGACGAACCCCUGCUUUUGCAACUCCUGAGCGAUAACGACAUCCUCCGUCUUCGCGAAAACGGCACUCGCUUUGCCAUGGACAGUCGUGUAGCGACCUGGAGCCAACUCUUCUCACAGCUCUUUGCUCGUCAAGCUGGUACAUCGGCCAUCUUCUACCCAGAAGAGCUAGACGAAGAUUUGCGAGACAGCCUUGCUCCCCUUGCAGCUGACCCUUUCCAGAACGCUUUGCGCGCAGCUUUCGACACAGACGUGACCCAACAUUUAUACGCCACAAUGCCCGGUGGCCGUGCCUUGGACCCCCACACUGACGGUGGGGACGUCUUUGUGCAUCAACUCGCCGGUCACAAACAUUGGGAAAUAUGCGUGCCGACCACCAAUACUACCUGUCAAAACUGCACCCACGGCGCGCAGGCUCUUCUCGCAGAAUUCGAACGUUCUAGCUUCCAAGGCUGCACGUCAUACAGCUACGAACAGUUGCAGAACAUGUCGUGCUUGAAUUUGACGCUCCAUGCGGGUGAUUUGCUUUAUCUACCCCGGGCCCUGGUCCAUCACGCUUGGACCGACAACAGCACUGCCAGUUACCACAUGACAUAUCAACUCAAAAGCGAACGUGGUACUCUGCGUGACCGACUGACAACCCAGUGCCUGCAACAACACCAUACCCAACCCGCCGCUUGGACCGAGUGGUGCGAACAAAUGGACAUUGUGGCCAGCCAAACUUUUCCAGAGCUGGCCGCUGAUAUGCUGCGCCUAGCAACCUUACUCUCUCCACGUCCCGUGGACAGCUUGCUCUGGCAUCUUGCCUCUGAUUACAAGAACGUUCUGACUCUGACACCUGAAGCCCGUGCCCGCCGCGUUGUUGGCGUGAGCAAGGACAACAUACCUGCCAACUGCGACUCGGUUUCCAGCUGCAACGAAGAUUGCAACGAAUGGUGCGAUUCAAACUGCGCAUGGUGGGGUGCUAAUUGCAGGGACAGCUGCGAUUCAAAUUGUGACCACAACUGCAACCGCACAUAUCAGGAAGCGACGCAACAUGUGUUCGCAUCCUGCAUUACCAAGAGGGCGAGUUGCGCCUCCGGACAUCGAUUCGUCGCCUCCAAUUCCCUUACGGCAGACAACGAAUGCGUUCCCUGCGCCGAGAAUGAGUUCAUCGACGAGUCUGGUCAUACCGUGACAACAUGCACACCCAAGUCCACGACUUGUGGUGCUGGCCAGCGGUUGGAAUAUUCUGCGACCAACACCAUGGACAAUGCUUGCAUCGCGUGCGAGGGCAUUUUGUUCUUUCAGGACUUGACAACGCACAGUGAAACCAGCUGCAAGCCCAAGCUCGCUGGCUGUGGAGCUGGUUAUGCACUGGCGCUUUCGGGGUAUUAUCAAUCCCAAAAUGACUUUAGGGGAACCACCUGCACAGCAAAAACCAACUUGUGCAAUGCCAACAGCCGCGUGAGCAAUCCCAGUUCUACCACAGCGGACCGCAUUUGCGUUGCCUGUCCCAACGGCCAAUAUCUGAACGCCUCCAACCAUACCUCGGACACCUGCCUUGGCUCCCCUGCCUAUAUAUCAGGCGUGAAUUUCUUUCUCACAACAUUGGCUUGUACGUUGCAACUAGACUGUCCGGCUGGUCAGGUGGGCAUCGGCGUGGGCCAGGGCUGCCAGGUCUGUGGCUAUGGCACCUUCACCUCAGUGCCAGCGAGCACAAGCUGCGAAGAAUGCGAUGCGUAUCAGGGAUAUUACACCUCUACCAUGGGAGCAACUUCUUGUGAGCAGUGUGAUGCAGGCGCCUUUCUAUCUUCUGAGCCCGGUACACCGGGCGUUUGUCUCACCUGUGAGGCAGGCAAGUACCGGGGCAGUGAGCUGGUGUCCGAGUGCCUGCCGUGUGGUGCCGGCCUGUAUAGCGAUGCACCAGCCCAAGCUUCUUGCAAGAGCUGCGAAGCGGGCAAGUUUUCUGCCCAACCCGCCAAUACCGACUGUCAGCCCUGUGCAGCAGGCUCCUUUGCGCCCCAGCAGGCCACCUACUGCCAAACCUGCCUAGAUGGGACAUAUCAGCCCAAUUCGCAGAGUGGUGACUGCUGGCCGUGUGCCGUUGGCCUGACGGUUCUAUCCAACCGCACGGCGUGUCGUGACAUUACUCCGCCUGUCAUACAUGUUCCAAGUUCACCUUUGGUUACUGAAGUCCUCAACAUGUCUUUCACGCUGCCGGCCGUCACGGCCUCUGACACUUAUGAUGGUCCCUUGGAAACCAAUACGGAUGAUAGUUUAGAUAUUGCUCAAGAAGGCGUGCAGACCUUCAAUUACACCGCCCAGGACUCUGCUGGAAACGUUGCUUGGGCCAUCUUGACCGUGGAAGUGCUGUCAGGCCAAAAGCCUUACAUCACCCUUCGGGGUGACAACCCCAUGCAUCAAGAAGCCGGCCUUCCGUUCAUUGACCCGAUGGCUGACUUGUAUGAUGCUCUUGAUGCGUCGGUUGGUGUACAAAGUGAUGCCUCCUCACAAAUUGACACAGCUCAGCUGGGCACCAGCCUGAUUACUUACCAGGCAACAAGGGCUGACAAUCAAGGUCUAUGGGCCGAACCCGUUCAGCGUACUGUAGUCAUAUCCGACACCUUGGCACCGGCACUUGAAUUGCGUGGAUCAAGUCUUGUUCAGGUUGAGGCCUCCUUUGAGUACUCAGAACCUGGCUGGCGAGCUUGGGACAUUUUUGAAGGCAACCUUUCAAAUACUGUCACUGUGAACCCGGCACCAGAUUCGAUCAGCACCGCAGUACCGAGCGGGACUCGCAUCCUGCUUACCUACACCGUCAUGGACGGCUCGGGAAAUAUCAACUCAACGACACGGACGCUGUUGAUCGUGGAUACGCGGGCCCCAAAUCUUCAGCUCAAUGGCAGCAACCCGUUCAUUUUGGAAGCAGGCCAGGACUUUGUUGACCCAGGCGCAUGGGCUGUAGACUUGCUGGAUGGUCCAGUGGCAGUCAGCCUUUCGGGGUCCUAUGAGUCAAGGCCAUCUCAAGGUGUACCAAGCAACUACUCUCUCACAUACUCUGCCCGUGACGUGGUUGGAAACAUUGCCUCGGUGGGGCGCAUUAUUACGGUCGUGGACACCACUGCACCCAGCGUCGACGUCACCCAGGAUGUCUUGACCCUGGAGGCUGCCCCUGUAGAGGGAGUCUACGUGCUGCAGAAUACUUGGUAUACCUUGGCAGACAACUACGUUCAAAGCGGCCUGCAAAAACGCUUGCAAAGCAAUGUGAGCAACUUGCCCCUGCAGCCGCCCUUCACGCCAUUCAGUGCUGUUAUCGAGCUAAGCGUCGCGGACAACAAUGACAACACCGGCUUUGGUUUUCUAAACGUCAUCUUGGUGGACACAACAGCUCCCAUCAUCAACGUCACAAACAGCACUUGGCCCGGCGGGACGCCUUGGGUCGACGAGCAGCCGUGGUCCGCUUCGGAUCGUGUUGACGGCAACUUGGACGCAGAUGUUGUGGAGAUUCAGCUUGCAUCUUUAGGACGGGAGAGCCCGCACAGUGUGAGCUGCGCCACUCCCGAUUGGUCCGUAUUGACAUCUGCCGCCGCUGAUGCCUACCAAGCACAGCGCUGGGCGCGCCUGUCCAAGGAAUCCUUCACUGAGGUCGACUCGCACGCGCCCGCAGGCAGUGUGUUUUUGGUCUCAUAUUCGGCAACGGAUGAGGCGGGCAAUCUGGCCACGGCACAGCGCUCGGUCACAAUCACAGAUACGUUGAGUCCCACAAUCAACACCACUGCAGGCGAUGUCCAGCUCGUCAAUUUUGGUGAUGAGUACGCGCGCUUUUUUGAUGAUACCACGGCCAAUGAUGCGCUUGACGGUGACUUGACUGCCCACCUCUGCUACCUUAUCAGCGUUUACAAUUUUGAAGGAGAAUUGCUGCAGCAGGUGCCAUCGGGUGCCGAGCCGGGAGAACUUUUACCGGCUUCCAAUCAAAGCUGGAAUCGGAUAGUGUCGCAACGUGAGGCGCAAGCAGAAGGACGCCUGCAAGCCAGCGGCAUUCCUUGGUCUGUCGCCAUUGCUGCAGCCUUCCCCGUGAAUACGCAGCUCCUUGUGCAAUAUGACGUGACCGAUGGGGCCGGUCGCACUGCCAGCGCCUCGCGCUGGGUCAAAGUUGUAGAUCAGGUGGCCCCCGUGAUUUCAGUCCACCCUCACGCAGCAGAUAUCAUCUUCGGCACCCGGGUGCCCGUGAGCUGGGCAGAGGCUUUGGACAACCACGACGGCAACAUUACCGUAUAUAUGCGUGUGUCUGGACUCAACAACGUGGAUGUUGAAGCGCCAGGCGACCAUGCCGUUAACUACACCUGUCGUGAUCAGUUUGGAAACACGGCCACGGCAGUCCAGCUGUUCACUGUGCAACCUUUCUCCCGCCCAGACGCCGCCAACCUUGUGCGGGUGACGAUGAGCCUGCCCUUGGCUUCGGCGCCGACUGCAGUCGAAGUUGAAACCAUGCUACGCAACGUGCUACGAGAACCGUACGUCUUUGUGGUUGGGCGCGUGGCAGCCGAUGAUCAUGACACGUCCAUGUUCAAUGUGGAGCCCGACGUCGCCAACACAUCGACCGCGGCAAGCUCUGGCCUCGCAGCCACAACUCUUGCCAUGGCAGUUGCAAUCCCAGUUGUUCUGUUGGCAGUCAUUCUUAGCGUGGUGCUUGUUCGUCGUCGCCAGCAAACCAAUCCCGCCAAACUGGCAACCCCUCUUGGCCCUAUCGAGCCACAAACGCAUGCGAUGAUGAUCAACCCGACCUACAGGCCUAGUAUGUCGGGAAAGAGUUCGCUUGAAAUGUAUCAGACAAUCGAUGAUCAGGAUGCCAGCGCUGGUCCUAACGACCGGCAGCAUGGCAAGCAACGAAUGAGACUUGAACAGGGCAACGGCGCGCACUCGUUGGAAAGUGAUACCGACCGCCUAUUUACUUUUAGCCUUGAUGAGGUAGCUUCUGAUGAGGAGCCAUGGGGCUUGUACGACUCGCCCAAUGCCCAAGACCAGACCGCCAUGCCCAUGCCCCUUGCCCAAGAUAGCGAGGGCUAUCAGCAACCCGGUGGCUUGGGGCAGCAGGAGUUGUAUGAUUUGCCCAAUGCCCAAGACCAGACCGGCAUGCCCGUGACCAUGACCAUGCCCCUUGCCCAAGAUAGCGAGGGCUAUCAGCAACCCGGUGGCUUGGGACAGCAGGAGUUGUAUGAUUCGCCCAAUGCCCAAGACCAGACCGGCAUGCCCGUGACCAUGACCAUGCCCCUUGCCCAAGAUAGCGAGGGCUAUCAGCAACCCGGUGGCUUGGGGCAGCAGGAGUUGUAUGAUUCGCCCAAUGCCCAAGACCAGACCGGCAUGCCCGUGACCAUGACCAUGCCCCUUGCCCAAGAUAGCGAGGGCUAUCAGCAACCCGGCGGCUUGGGGCAGCAGGAGUUGUAUGAUUCGCCCAAUGCCCGAGACCAGACGGCCAUGUCCAUGCCCCUAGCCCAAGAUAUCGAUGGAUAUCAGCAGCCUGUGGCCUCCCAUCAUCAAACCUUCAGCCAUGCCACUUCCAUUGUCGAUGAUUUCUCCAUCCAGUCAACCUAUGAUACGCCGUACGCUGUGCUGAGCUCCGAUCCACCCGCUUCAACUGAUUACUCGGAGCCAAACGAGGGUAUACGUCGCAGAGCGUAUUUCGAGGUGGCCUAUGCCGUUCCUGAUGCUCCACACUCAAAUUUGGCACCACGCGAGGAUUCAUCAACAGACACCUACGAUGUCCCCAGCUCACUUCCUCGAACAGUACCGGAGGUUAUUUCUGGUGAGAAUGACCUUGACGCCAAUGCUGAGUACGGCGUUUUCAAGUCAGGACCUGUACAGAUGGCAUCAGGGGCAAGCAAGACCUUGGACGUUGAAGAAGAGGUGUAUGGCUUUACUGAUCGCGAGAUUCCGCUCGCUGUUCAAGUGCAGGCUCAUCCCACAUAUGUGGAAGACCUUCCUCGCGAAAAAGUGGAGCGCAUGUUGCUCGACCGGCCUGUUGGCUCUUAUUUCUUGCGCCAUAGUACGAACAAUGACACUUUCGUGGCAUCGGUGCUCGUUCGCGAUGCAAAAGUUGCCCACUAUGUGUUGGAUGAGCAGGGUGGUGAGUUGCGCUUUAAUCAAAACCCUAUACCGGGGGCCCAAACCCUGAGCCAGGUGCUAUUGCGCCUGCAACGCGAGCCUGGACGCGCUUGUCUGGCCCCCUUGCGCUCUGAGCGCUGGCUUGUCGAAGAUCUUCCCAGCUGUGUGCGCGAACAUCAAGCCUUGACUGCACAACCAUGGUUUCACGGAAAGAUUUCGCGUGAAGAGACCGAGGCACGCCUCUCUCAAGCUGACCAAGAGGGAACCUGGUUGGUGCGGCAUCGCCAGGGCCAAUCAUAUGCUUUGUCUCUGUUGCGAAGUCAUAAUGUAGUGCACCACUUGUUGGAUAAAGACACGGAUGGAUUCGUGACUGUGAACGGACACCGUCUGCAGCCACGGCGCCGUACCAUGGAAGCAGCCGCAGCCUUACUGCAGCUCCAACCGCCCUUGCUCAAAAAGCUUUCCUUGUCACAUCCGUUACCUGUGGAGUCGGCAGCCUGA